AUGAAAUAUUUUUUAAAAUUUUUUUUACUCGAAUUAAUUUUUAUUACAUUAUUAAUAUCUUCAAUUAUAUCUAAAGAACCAACUCUAGAAGAAUUUGCGGAUCUUACUGCUUUAACCUAUUACACAGCUGAUUUAAAGAGAGUUUAUGUAUGCAACGAUUAUUUAUUUUACAAUGAAACAAAAGCAUUAUUUUAUCAAGAUAAAAUAUACGACGAUUAUAAAAAAAUUAAGAGCAAAUCUACACCAGAUGGAGGAUAUAAAAAUAAAUUGAAAAAAUUGAAAAAUAAAUAUAUAAUUGGAGAAAGAAGAGCAGGACAUUUUUAUGAAAUAAAUCCUUUUGUAGAAAAAUUUGGAGAAAAAGUAUGGGGUGAUUGUCGCUCUUGUUAUCAUGAAAUUUUUACUACAAUUUUUAGAAAGAGAGUGUUGGAAGAAAUAAACUAUUAUAGAAAACUACAUGGUGUACCUAAAGUUUCUUAUCAUUCAAAAUAUAAUAACUAUGCUAAAGAUGAAGUUAAAAAGUUUUUAAAGACUGGUAAAAGUUCUAGCUGUGAUAAACAAACUAAAUUUAAGUGCGUUUAUAUGGCACUGCCAGAUUCUCAAGCUCAUUUAGUUAUCAGUACAUUAUAUGAAAAAUUAUUAGCUCUUUAUGAUUGGGAAAAGAAUGUUUAUAAAUCAAAAUUAGAUCCAGCAAUACAAUUAAUUUGGAAAAAAGUAAAAUAUAUUGGAAUUGGUUUAGCUCAAAAACAAUACCAUCUUCAUAUGUUUUUAACAUUUUCAUCUAAAGUUAAAAAUGAUAAAGACUACAAAAAAAAUGUUCGUCCAAUCAUGAGAAAAUAUAUAAAACUGUAUGGAAAAUUACCUAAAAAAAUGAUAAAAUUGUUAGAUAUUUAA